CUCCAAUAGCGGGUAAUAUCUGCUUCUAGAGUUUACUUGCAGCAGAAGAAAGUAAUAAAGGUUUGUCUAACUCGAGAGACAGAUGACAGAGAAGGAUCUUCUUUAUGAUACAAUACUUGCUCGUAGCUUUAGCAAAAACGAGCAGAAGAGACUUGGCUAUGGAGCUUUCGUUGCCUCUCUUCUCUUCGUCUUCACUCUUUGCACCGUCUUUAAACCUUAUCUAAGCCCUUUGCCAACCGUGGAAUUGCAAUUACCAGUGAAUGCUGGUCUUAGGAUGCUGAGAAUAACUGAAACGCAGAAACCUCAAGCGUCAAGGAGCAGCAGCAAUGCAACAUAUGGAGAUUCCGCGAAUCUAACUAUCCCUACGGAUCAAAUUAACAUUACAUCAAAUGCAACCACUCCUCACAAACUAAUCAGUUCUGAAAAUCAUGAGCUUAGUGUCUUCAAGAACACAAGCUUGCCCAAGAAUCAUCUUGAUUCGUUUAACUCUACUACUAACACUACAAUCUCCAAAGAACAAGUUGUUACAGAAGGAAAUAAAUUGGAGAAAACAAUGAAACCUAUUUGUAAGAAGCUAGCAAGAACGAAGAUAUGCGAAAUAAACGGCGACGUAAGAGUCCACGGUAAAUCCGCGACGAUUCACGCAGCGAUCACGUUUGCGUUUUCGGGGAAUUCCACGUGGCAUAUUAAACCUUACGCGAGAAAAGGUGACGUGGCGGCGAUGGAACGCGUGAGAGAAUGGACGGUGAAACUGGAACAAAACGCUAAUUUAUCGCGUUGCGUUAGGAAUCACAGCGUUCCGGCGAUACUUUUCUCUCUCGGAGGCUACUCGAUGAACAACUUCCACGAUUUCACCGACAUCGUGAUUCCUCUGUACACGACGGCGCGUAGAUUCAACGGCGAAGUUCAGUUCCUCGUGACGAACAAGAAUCAACCGUGGAUCAACAAAUUCAAAGGGAUACUGAAGAAUCUCUCGAACUACGAGCUCAUUUACAUCGACGAAGAAGAUGAAACGCACUGUUUCAGUAGCGUCACCGCCGGUCUCAACCGCCACCGUGAGUAUUACAAAGAGCUAACGAUCGAUCCUUCGGAUUCCGAGUAUUCGAUGUCCGAUUUCAGAAAAUUCCUUAGAGACUCGUACUCGUUGCGCAACGCCGCCGCGAGGCCCGUGACUACGAGGAGGAAUCAGCGGCGGAGGCCGCGGAUGCUGAUUUUGGCGAGGGGGAGAUCGCGAGCGUUCACGAACGCCGGCGCGAUCGCCAGAGCGGCGAAGCAAAUCGGAUUCAAAGUCGUGGUGGCGGAAGCGAACGCAGACGUGGCGAGUUUCGCCCAAACCGUUAAUUCGUGCGACGUUAUGCUCGGCGUUCACGGCGCGGGGCUCACGAACAUGGUGUUCUUGCCGGAGAACGCCGUCGUGGUUCAGAUUCUUCCGAUCGGGGGAUUCGAGUGGCUCGCGAAGACGGAUUUCGAGGAGCCUUCGAAGGGGAUGAAUCUGAGGUAUUUAGAGUACAAGAUCGCGGCGGAGGAGAGCACGCUUUUGCGGCGGUACGGACGCGAUCACGAGGUCGUGAGAGAUCCAUCGGCGGUUGGGAAACGCGGGUGGGAAAUGUUCCAGUCGGUUUAUUUGGUACAGCAGAACGUGAGUGUAGAUAUUAACCGGUUCAGACCGGUUCUUGUCAAGGCUUUUGAGCUAGUGCAGAUGCAGUCCGUGUAAAAAUCAAUAUUUACUGCAUUUCUGCAUACUGUAAAUUCUUGUAGUCGGAUCAGAAUAUUUAUCAUCAGACGCCAAUUUUUAUUGAUCUCAAAUUCACUUUAUGAAAAAAAAAAAUCAGAAUUGGUCAAAUAAAAGCAUAGCCAUGGUCAGAGCCGGUCAGGUUUCGGGAACCCUAUUCAAAAAAAAAAUAUUUUAAAAAUUAAUAAUAUUUUUAUUAAUUUUUAUUUUAGCAAAACUUAGUUUGAAUUAUGUAUUGUAUUGUUUAUCAAAAAAAUUUAUUCAGAAACAUUAUAAGAUAAUAAGAAUAUUAUAUUAUAUUUAUUUAUUUUUAUUUAUUUUAAAUUAUAAUAAAAAAAGACCUGUUACUUUCAGUUAAAUUAUGCAUAAUAUAAAUGUAUUUUUGUUUAUUUUUAAUUCAAUAUUCACGUUUAAAUAUAAAUAUAUAUGAAUAUAUACGUAUAAAUAUUUUUUUUUUGUAAAAUGGGGGCCCCACAAAAAUGGGGGCCCCAUUCAAAUGUUUCGUGGGUGUAUGCUCAAGCCCGGCUCUGGCCAUGGUGUUUCUAUACACAAACAUGUUCGUGUUAUAUUGAACUAUACUACUGAGAAGAUUACAUUGUAUAUUGACCUUAUAAAUAAUCAGGAUAUUAUACUAGCUAUACGUAUUCUGGUAAUCUGUACGAUCAUUCAAAUUCAAAUAUUUUUAGCACAAGGAAAUGAAAUUCAACCUUUUCAUUAGUUUGAUAUUACCUAAUACCUACUAUCAAUUAAAGUCAAAGGUUUGUUUUACAAUUACAUCAUAGACAUGGAUCAGGAUCACACUUAUAUAAGCUCCAAGAUUCAUGUAUAAAA